AAGAAGAAGACGCUCUCGUCCCGCGAGAUCCAAACGUCUGUCCGCCUCAUGCUCCCCGGCGAGUUAAGCAAACACGCUGUCUCCGAGGGCACCAAGGCUGUCACCAAGUUCGAGUCCGCCUCGUCCAACUAA